AUGCUGUCGACAUCUCACCCUACAGAUGUGCAAAAAAUAACUAUCUGGCACAAUGGAAGCAAAUACACGAUAUACAACGUGUACAGCCCACCUCAGACAACAUGCAACAUACCAGAACUAUACAAGACACAGUACCAUAAAACCCUUCUUGUUGGUGACUUCAACGGACACUCGCCACGUUGGGGUUACCCUGACUACAAUAGCACAGGGAAGUACAUCGAAGAUACUUGUGAAACAACUAACCUAUUAGUGCUGCAGGACACAGAGUCUACACCUACACUGUUACACAGGGCCCACCUAUCUCUCAGCAGACCAGACCUGACCAUCUGCUCAUCCGACUUAGCAGACGCAAGCUAUCCCCAAGUCCUGGACGACAUAGGAAGUGACCACAAACCUAUACUCACAACUGUAAGCACCACCCCUAAAUUACGCUUCAAGCAGAGAACCCGUUGGAAUUUCCGAAAAGCAAACUGGAAACUAUUUCAGGAAACAUCUGACUGCCUCCUGGGAAGAAUUGACAACAGCUGUGUGGAAACUUAA